AUGAUUGAUGUAUCAUCUUCGGCUGCUAAAUCCUCAGCUGCAUUUCUAGCCUUCGUCAAAGACGCUCUUGCAUUUGAGUCGACACUGCCCCAAGACUCAGAUACUGAGGAGGCAGAAGAUUCAUCAUCAGACUCGCAUGAUGGCUCUCAGCCAUUUCCAUUGACUCAACUUGCUCAGUCCAAUAGCCUCAAAACGGCGUCGUUUCGUAGCAGUCCACUCGGAGUGCCAGCUGGUACUGCCAUUCAAUUCCUAAAGUCGAAGAGUGCAUUAUCGUCCCCACCUGAAUUCGUGUCAGUCAGCGAGGCGGAUGUCUUGUGUCGCAGUCGAUCACACGUUGAUGACCCUUUUGCACCGGAGCAGAUCAAUCCCUGGGAUUCUCGCUAUUCCAUGAAGCCCACUAACCUCCAGCUCAUGUUAGGAGGGUCGGUUACCAUUUCGCAAACAAUGUUUGACAAGUGA